AUGUCUUGUUGUUCAGGAAAAAACGAAAGUAUUAUUGAUAUCACAAAUGAUGAACCUCCAACACCAUUACCUUUGAGUGAACAACUUUCUAAAGGAAUAAAAGUGGUUGUUUUAGGAGAGAUGGGAACUGGAAAGACUUGUAUUUUACACAGAUGGAUUAGUAAUGAAUUUGUUAGACAAACAGCUACUGUUGGGUGUGCAUUUAGUUCAAAAACAGUAACCUAUAAUAAAAGAAUUAUUAAAUAUGAAUUAUGGGAUGCAGCUGGACAAGAGAGAUAUCGAUCAUUAUCUUCAAUUUAUUAUAGAAAUGCAACAGUUGCAUUAUUAGUAUAUGACAUUACAAAACGGGAAACAUUUAAUGCUGUAACUGAUUGGGUUGCUGAAUUAAAGUCUAAUACGACCAAUGACAUAAUGAUUUUAAUUGUUGGGAAUAAAGAUGACUUACAAGAAGAACGUGAAGUUAAUCAAAAUUCUGUGAAUGAUUUUAUUAACAGUUCUAACUCAAAUAUUAUUGGUAAUUUAGAAUGUAGUGCAAAAACAGGGAAUAAUAUUAAUCAAAUAUUUGAUAUUAUUUCAGAGAAAUUACUUGAAUUGUGCAAUGAAUAA